AAUGUUUUCAAAACAUUGCCUUCUUAUUCAUCCAAUUUUCUGCUCACCACCUUUUCAUCCUUUUGAUCUUCUGUUUCUACAAAAAAUCAUCAUUUCCUGAGAAGCAUGAUUCACACAAAGCAUGCUGCUAUCCGAAAAUGUUGCGGGUUCAUCAAUCUGCGAGUAGGAGUCAUGCUUAUAUGCUUUAUCUGGGCAGCUUUCAGCAUAUACUGUGCGGUUCUGGCAUUCAUGAACCAAAGUCCCUUCUUUACCUACUUUCCACAAAUUGCACUUAUCAUCUGGGGUGUAGUCAACCUCAUCUUUGGUCUCAUUGCUUUGUCCGGUAUAACCGUUGCAUUUUUGAACUUUACCAUAUUUUUACGGCCCUAUACGCAUCUAGCUUGGACAGGCACUUUCCUGAUUCUUGCCGAUACCUUUGCUAAUUUCGUUAUUUACGUUAAUCAACGUCCAACCUACGUAACAAAUUGCGUAAAUGAUGCCUCCAAUCGCUUCCAGAACGAGCUGAAAAAUGCUUUUGGCGGAAUGACCAACGUAACGUUGGAUCAUUCAUCUGAUUUCUACAAUUGCUCCAGGUUAUGGUCGGACGAACUGAAGCUAUCAAUAUUAGUACUACUUUUAAUGCUGGUUAUAUACACAUACUGGAUGUUUAUCAUUUGGUCCUUCUCUCAGAAGCGUCGAUCUCUUAUGCAACAAGGAAUGGUUGCGGCAGCAAUAGAAACUGGCAUGCCACCGGGCCCUAUUCCUGGGGAAUUGGUUGACCUUCCGCCCAGGGGUUACGGUGGAGAAUACGAAGAUAAUGUUGUUGUAUUAGAGAACAAAAAACCAAGAACACGGCGUGAAAUGUUCAGCAAAACUCCAGCAGAAAGUCUAUAUAACUUUAAAAUCGACCCGAAAGGUCAUGUUCUUGGACUUGAUGAUGUAAACCAUGGAUACUUAUGGACGAGUGAUGGUCGGCCAGCAUCAGCUGUCAGCGCACGAACAAUGUACAGUAACAGGUCACAGAACUCACGACGUGGUUUGAUAGCAGACGACGAUGAUGUCCAAUCCCAGCAUUCCGAAUUCAGUAGAAAUGAACUUUGCUAAAGGUUGAAAAAGUUAUAAUAUACCCUAAGACGUAGUUUGAUAAUAAUGAUCGAACAAUAAACCAAUGUAUUUGAGAAACACUGUUUGCACUGUAUUCCUUGCUUGGCAAGUGAAACGUUUGUAGAGAAAGCUCCUAUUUCUACUGCGGAUUUCAU